CCUCUCAUAAUCCAAAGUAGGAUUUUUAUUAAUUUGAAUCUUUUUUCUUGAUUGUCUAAUUAAUUGUGUUUAAAUCUCUUACGUUUAACCAUUACCAAUCUCCACUAAUUAGUAAAUCUCUUGGAAUAAAAUGUCUGCUAAAGAAGAUGAAUAUGAUUAUCUAUUCAAAGUUGUCUUGAUUGGUGACUCUGGUGUUGGUAAAAGUAACCUUCUCUCUCGUUUCACUCGAAAUGAGUUUAAUUUAGAAAGUAAAUCAACCAUUGGUGUUGAAUUUGCCACUCGAAGUAUUCAGGUUGACAAUAAAACGAUUAAAGCCCAAAUCUGGGACACUGCUGGACAAGAAAGAUAUCGGGCAAUUACCAGUGCUUAUUAUCGAGGUGCUGUUGGUGCCCUUCUGGUUUAUGAUAUUGCCAAACAUUUGACUUACGAGAAUGUUGAAAGAUGGCUCAAGGAAUUGAGGGAUCAUGCCGAUAACAAUAUUGUUAUUAUGUUAGUUGGUAAUAAAAGUGAUUUACGCCAUUUACGUGCAGUGCCUACUGAUGAAGCUCGAGCGUUUGCCGAGAGGAAUAAUCUUUCUUUCAUUGAAACAUCAGCUUUAGACUCGACAAAUGUGGAAGCCGCUUUUCAACAGAUCCUCACCGAAAUCUAUCACAUAGUAUCACAAAAGCAGAUACGUAAUGACGGUGACGGAGAUCCAUCUCCAUCAGAUAAUAUUAGGCCAAUUAACAUUCCACCAACGGAUCCAUCGGACUCAAGGAAGAAAGCGUGCUGUCAAACAUGAGUGUAUAAAUGUAUUGCUUAAAUUGAAAUGUGUAUGAGUGAAGAAAUGAGAGUGAGUGUAAAGUAUAAAAAAGGAAGAUUAAAUAAUUGUAAGUGUAUUCCUUUGUGUGUAAGUGGGAGUGGGAUUGAUGAAAGUAAAGAGUGAGAGAGAGAAAGAGAGAAAGUUAGUAAAAAGAUACCUGUAUGUGUGUGUGUGUGUGUGUUUUUGAAGGAAGAGAGAGAAAAUUUUAUGAAAAGCAAAAAAAUUAUGAACCAGUGAAAAGAAUAUUAACCAUCAACGAAAAAGAAUGUUAAAUAAUAAUAAUCUAAAUCCCGAAAAGUAUUCACUAAAAUCUAAAAUUGGAACGAUAAAAGGUCAAGAACUUGGUUUUCACUUGCAGAUUGUUUCGUAUUAUUAUUAUUAUAAUUAUUAUAAUAUAAUUAACAAAGAAAAAUGCUUAAAAUGA